AUGGCUGACAGUAAUGCCACGAACACGCCAUGGCGCAUCUAUCUGUACGGUGCCGGCUCGAUUGCAUGGCGACACGGCGUGGCGGCGCAGAGCCUAGGAGAGGAUGUCGAGCUCUUUGCUGCCGACCCUUCACAGGAUGCCCGCGAGUCACUGCUCUCCAAGGUCCCCAAGGCCACUGUCUACCAAGAUGCCCAAGACAUGCUCGCCAGCUCCCCAGGCCGGGCGCGCGACAUUGUCGUCGUAGCUGUGCCCCCAUUCCUGCACCACGCGGCGACACUGCGCGCCUUCGCCUCCGGGCGCCACGUCCUCUGCGAGAAGCCCCUUGCCACCUCCGAGACGGAGAUGGCCGAGAUGCUGGCCGCCAGUGACGCCGCCGGCCGCAUCCUAUCCGAGUGCAGCUUCCGCUACCUCGGCAACGGGGCCCUAGAGCGUGCCCGCCAGCUCAUUGAGACGGGCGGCGUUGGCUCCGUCUACCAUACGCGCUUCGUCAACCGCCAGCCGCGUUCGCGUGCCGGCAUCGAGUAUCAGCCUGCGAGCCGCUGGUUCCUCCAGCGGGACAAGUCAGGCGGCGGUACCCUCUUUGACUGGGGCGUCUACGACAUGACCAUGUUCUUCGACGUUGUCCGCCCCGUGGCUGUCACGGUCAACUAUGCCUGGUUGGCGACGCCCAAGACGGAUAUCGACCCGACUGACCCCCCCAUCUCCGUCGAGACGCACGCCGGGGCGUCGCUGACGCUCACGCUGGACAGCGGCGCCGUCGUCCCGUUCCACUGGGAGCGCGCGAGCGGCUUCCACGGCGAGACCCAGGUUGCCAUCAAUAUCGACGGCACGGCCGGCGGCCUGACGUGGGAAUGGGUCCCGACGUUCGACUACAAGGCGGAGGUGGAUGCCGCGCAGGAAGGCUUCAAGCUGACGUACUACACUGACAAGAAUGGCGAGGUGGACGCGGAGGAGUAUAAGUUUCCUGGCUUCGGUUGGGAGGACGCCAAUCACCGUCCCUUGCUCGCCUUUGUUGACCUGAUUGAGGGGCGUGAGAGCUUGGCCCUGUCCCGGAGCAGGAUGGAAUUCAACUUUGGAGUGGUGCUGGCGAUUUACAAGUCGGCUUCCGAGGGGAAGCCCAUUCAUGUCCAGCUAAAGUAA